AAGCCGCCGUACAAUUCCUCUCACAUCGGCCCCAUUCCUCUAUAAAGUUCUCACAGUCUCCUCUUCCCUCAUAGCAUAAUCCUUUUUCUUCAGUAUCUCUUCCACUAUCCAGUUCCCCCAAAGCGGUACCACAUCAUCAUGAAGCUCUCCAUCCUUCCCUUGGCGGCUCUCGCCCCUCUGGUGGCUGCGCAUUUCAAGCUCGAGUACCCUACGAGCCGCGUACGCAACACCGACACCAUGCCGAACUUCCCUUGCGGAGACUCAGCCCAGACCUCCAACCGCACUCAAAUCUCCAUGUCUGCCGGCUCUUUCCCUGUGGCACUGUCCAUGGGCCACUCCCAGACCGCCGUGACGGUCCUCCUCGCCCUGGGAACCGACCCCGGCACCAACUACAACAUCACCCUGCACAAGACCUUCGAGAUUGAGGGCCUGGGCGCAUUCUGCCUUCCCCACGUCACCUUCGAUGAGUCCAUCCUCGGCACCAACAUCACCGAUGGUAUGAACGCCACCCUGCAGGUGCAGAGCAACGGCGAUCCCAGCGGCGGUCUCUAUGCUUGCGCCGACAUCCAAUUCUCCUCGACCGUAUCCUACGAUGAGCCUUCGACCUGCUCGAACAACACCGGCGUCAAGGCUAUCGAGUUUACCGGCGCCGCCGCCGAGCGGACCGCCAACGAGUCCACCCCCACCGGUGGUGCGCAGGAUGGCUCGUCCAGCAGCAGCAGCGGCAGCAGCUCUUCUUCCUCCUCCAGCGGCUCGAGCAGCACCGCUACUUCUACCGGUGCCGCUGUCCCUCUUCAGACCGCUGCUUGGGGCAUGCUCGGCGCCGCAGUCGUCGGUGGUCUUGCUGUCCUGUGAACCUAACGACGGUUCCUAGUUUGAUUCAUGGGAGGUAUUUCCCAUGGUGGUGAGGAGGCGGAGGUGAAAAAGAAAAAGCGGAGACGAUAAAAAGCAACAAUGACAUUUUCGAAGGAUGAUCAUGAUUGAUGAAUGAUUCCCACCCUUGACUUCGCCUGUUUAUACUGCGAAUGUAUUGCACUUGUACAUACUUAAUAGCUGUGCGUUGAUUCGAGCGCCUUCAAUAUGCAGACG